AUGGUGGGAGUAGCCAUCAAACACAUCCCAAAGGACAGAAUCCCCAUCAAAGUGAGGCGUUCACCUGUGGAGCGUCUGUUCCUCAUCAUCCACUUUGUUGGAAUAUAUCAGGAUGAAAACGGGAAGCUGGUCUCAGUGGAAGUGGCCAUUAUGCUGAAGCUUGCAGCUGAAGCAGACGGAUCAGUGGGAACAGCUGAUCCUGGUGCUGGAGAGACCUGUCCCGCUGUGGACCUGCAUGAUUACAUAACAGAAAAUGGAGGAUGUUUACCAGAGGAAAAGGCCAAGGUCAUUCUGAAGCAGCUGGUCGAUGCAGCAAAGGACCUGGAGGAUAAACACAUCUUUCACCGGGACAUCAAGAGUGAGAACAUUCUGAUUGAGACCGGCUCAGAUGUGCCUCGUGUUCGUAUCAUUGACUUUGGACUGAGCUGCUUUGCUAAGGCGCGAUCGCUGUACCGCGUCUUCUACGGUACACCUAUUCACACCCCUCCCGAAUGUUACGGACGCAAGAAAUACAAGGCUGGACCCACCACGGUGUGGCAAAUGGGAGUGGUGCUGUAUGAAGCGCUUCAUGUGGGGGACUUUAAUACCGUGACGUUCCUCCAAAAGGAAUUGAUAUUCAACAAGGAUCUGUCUCCACACUGCCAGAAUUUCUUGGACGCAUGUUUAACCAACGUCCCGGAGAAGCGCCCAACGCUGGGGACCUCCAGCUUCACCCUGUGGGCUCUCUGA